AUGGGUGUGACUUUAACAUCAGCCUAUAACAUCUUCCCCAAAACACCUUCCCCACCUUCCCCACCACACCUUCCCCACAACACCUACCCCACAACACCUUCCCCACAACACCUUCCCCACAACACCUUCCCCACCUUCCCUACAACACCUUCCACACCUUCCCCACACAACCUUCCCUACAACACCUUCCCCACAACUCCUUCCCCACAACACCUUCCCAACAACACCUUCUCCACAACACCUUCCCCACAACCCCUUCCCCACCUUCCCCACAACACCUUCCCUACAACACCUGCCCAACCUUCCCCAGAACACCUUCCCCAUAACACCUUCCCCACCUUCCCUACAACACCUUCCACACCUUCCCCACACAACCUUCCCUACAACACCUUCCCCACACCACCUUCCCCACAACACCUUCCCAACAACACCUUCUCCACAACACCUUCCCCACAACCCCUUCCCCACCUUCCCCACCUUCCCCACAACACCUUCCCAACAACACCUUCUCCACAACACCUUCCCCACAACACCUUCCCCCCCUUCCCCACCUUCCCCACCUUCCCCACAACACCUUCCCAACAACACCUUCCCCACAACACCUUCCCCAUCUUCCCCACCUUCCCCACAACACCUUCCCAACAACACCUUCUCCACAACACCUUCCCCACAACCCCUUCCCCACCUUCCCCACGACACCUUCCCCACCUUCCCCACCACACCUUCCCCACAACACCUACCCCACAACACCUUCCCCACAACACCUUCCCCACAACCCCUACCCCACAACACCUUCCCCACAACACCUUCCCCACAACACAUUCCCUACAACACCUUCCCCACCUUCCCCAGAACACCUUCCCCAUAACACCUUCCCCACCUUCCCUACAACACCUUCCACACCUUCCCCACACAACCUUCCCUACAACACCUUCCCCACAACUCCUUCCCCACAACACCUUCCCAACAACACCUUCCCCACAACACCUUCCCCCCCUUCCCCACCUUCCCCACCUUCCCCACAACACCUUCCCAACACAACCUUCCCUACAACACCUUCCCCACAACACCUUCCCCACAACACCUUCCCUACAACACCUUCCCCACCUUCCCCAGAACAUCUUCCCCAAAACACCUUCCCCACCUUCCCCACAACACCUUCCCUACAACCCCUUCCCCACCUUCCCCAGAACACCUUCCCCAUAA